GGGACAGUCCAGCACAGCAAAGACAGAAAGUUCCGAAGAUCCGGAUUUGUUGGUCAGAUAAGACUGGGUAGAUUCUCCAUUUCGCUAAAUAUUACACUAUUAAUAGCGCAAUUCCUUUUGUAACUUUAUUUGCUUCGGUUAGUUAUUAAAUCAUUUUUUAUUUUUAAACUCAAGGAGGCUCAAUCUUUGACUUUGUAUUAGUGGCUGAGUGGAAGACCGUCGGAAAACCCACCAAGACAACUUACCUCUGACUCAACACUCCUGCAUCCAACCUUCUGCUCAUCCAUCCAUCCCACGAUGUCCACCCAACACACCCAGUACAAGGCUCUGAUGAGGGGGUUGAAGGAGCUGGACCUCCAUGGCCCCUGUGUUCCCUGCGAGCUGGUGCUGACUGGAGACCACGCUUUUCCUUUAGCGUUGAACAGCAAAGGCCAGGUCCUGAUGGCGGCCUCUCUGUACGGCCGCGGCAGGGUCGUGGUCCUGGGUCACGAGGGCUACCUGACGGCCUUUCCCGCUCUGGUAGAGAACGCUGUGACCUGGCUGAGAGGAGAAGGGUCCAACAACGUGUCCGUGGGGAUCCACAAACAGAUCAAGGGAGUCGCCGAUAACCUCAGUAAAUCCAGCUUCCAAGUCUCAGUUGUCGGGGGCUUCAGUGAGAACCGGAAGGUCGGCGUGUACGUGACGGACGCCUACAGCGUCGAAGCAGACGAGAAGGAGCUGGUGGCUUUUCUGAAAGCUGGAGGAGGGGUGCUGAUAGCGGGGCAAGCGUGGCACUGGGCUCAUGUGCAUCCUGAGGAGAGCGCAAUUGUACGCUUUCCAGGGAAUAAAGUGUCAGCUGUGGCUGGGAUUUACUUCACCACGCGCUAUGGGGAGGUAGAAAUCCUGCCUGUUUCCUCAGAGCCCCCAUGCUCAUGGAGGGCUUUAAGUGUUGGUAAGGAUUUUGCAGAUGACCUGGAGUUCUUACUCAAGGGCGUUUCAGAGUUUGAGCUCACGGGGGAUAUUUUAGCUUCCGAGGCUCUGGUCCACGGCCCGUUGGCGUUCCCCAUCUGUACCACCGAGGAUGGAAGUGCGAUCCUGGCAGGAAGCUACUAUGGGCAAGGACGAGUCAUUCUGAUCACACAUGAACAGCCUCUGGAAUUAAAGGGACUGGCUUCAUUUUGGAAAAAUGCCAUUGGUUGGCUGGACCAAGGCCGGCGGGGGGUGGUCGGUGUUGCGCCUAACCUCCAACUUCAAUGGGAGUCAGGGUUGAAGCACGAGAAGACGGAGUUCAGGAAAGACCUGAGUGUGUUUGUGUGUAAAGCGUACAGCGAUGAUCAUAAGGAGGAAAUCCAAAACUUUGUGGCAGAGGGAGGAGGUCUGCUGAUUGGUGGACACUCGUGGUACUGGACACAAGAACAUGCUCCGCAAAACCCAAUGACAGAUUUCUCGGGAAACAAGAUCCUGAACAAAAUGGGCCUGAGCCUGUCACCGGAAAUCAUCCGUCAAAAGUCCUACAAGGUCCCUUCGCCUUCCAAGACCAACAGUGACACCAACCACUUCCUCUCUCUUCUACGUCGCUUUGCUGGUCAUGUUACCCAGGGUGAAAAACUCAGCAAGCAUGAGGAGGAAAAGCUUGUGAAACUGGGCGAUCAUUGCAUAAGAUUCUUGAACAUGAAAGCCUACGGCAGCUACAGCUACACCCAGGUGCUGUCCCUCCUUACCGACAUGUUGAAGUCCACAGGCAUUCCACAGGUGGGUUUGAAGAAUCCUGUGGAGAAACCCAAAGACCAUCUCCUUCUCUCUAUAGCAGCGGAGGUAUAUAAUGCGUCCCCAGAUCCCGAUGCCCUUCUGGCAAAGCGAAACCAAAAGCUCAACAUUAACGCUGACACAACAGAGAGGACGUGGAUCAGCACCGGCCUGUACCUCUCUCCUGGUAUGAGGACCGAGAUGAUCAUACCAGCAAACAUUGUCAACAAGAACUGGAUGAUCCAGAUCGGUUGUCAAACUGACUACCUGCGUGACAAAACGUUGAAAAGAGCCCCGAGUGUUUGUAGGCACUUUCCUGUAACCUCAGAGAAGAUGCAGGUGUCAAACCUGUGGGGCGGACUCAUAUACCUUGUGGCUCCACCCAACGCGAAGGUGGAGGGGGCGGAGGUCAUAGUGCAGAUGGCUGUGGCUGCUCCUUAUUAUAAGUCUGGCGUGACAACAGCAGCUGAUUGGUUACUGCUGCGCAAAGCUCCUUCACCGUGGGCAGAGUUGGAGUUUGACAACAUCAUCCUCACUGUACCAUCAGAGGUUGUCCGGGACCUCGAGGGCAUUGACGACCUGGCGGCUCUUUGGAAUGACAUCAUGAGGGCCGUUGCAGAUCUGGCUGCCAUACCCCACAAAUUUACCCGCAAAGAACGCAUCGUAGCAGAUGUGCAGAUUUCCCAUGGUUGGAUGCACGCAGGGUACCCUGUCAUGGCGAACUCGGCUGUAGCAGCUGAUCUGGUCGGACCAAGAGACGCCAGGACCAAAGAUAUGUGGGGGCCCAUCCAUGAACUGGGACACAACCAACAGAGAAGCCGCUGGGAGUUCCCACCACACACCACAGAGUGCACAUGCAACCUGUGGUCUGUUUAUGUGCAUGAAGAGGUGCUGGGAAUCAGCAGGGAAGAGGCUCAUCCGCAUAUGACCGUAGAAUAUCGCAAGACUUUAGUCGACACGUAUGUUACAGGAGGGAAGAAGCUCAGCGACUGGAAUAUGUGGGUGGCCCUUCAGACAUACAUGCAGCUCCAGGAAAAGUUUGGCUGGGAUGCCUUUAAGAAGGUGUUUGCUGCCUACCACAAGAUGACCACCUUUCCUAAGGACAACGAGGGAAAGAUGAACCUGUACGCUGAGACCUUCUCCCAGGCUGUGGGGAUGAACCUGUCUGCGUUCUUCAAGGCCUGGGGCUGGCCCAUACAAACAGCCACUGAGGAGAAGCUCUGCAUGCUGCCUCCAUGGAGUGACCACCCCAUGGUCCAGUAUGACUGAGCUUCAAGCUGCUGCUUAUUCAAAUUGCAACAAGCUGGGUGGUGGUUUAUGGUUGGGAGAGCAUUUACAUAACUGGGCUUAUUUUUCCUGUCGUCGUAUUUGCAUGACAGAAUAUCAGCACUCUUUAAAGCCAACUCAAAAAAAAGACUCAAAUUCCAGUUCAUGAAGGCUUUACAAAUGAAUGAUUUUCUAUAGCAGCUAAAAGGUUUUUCAGAAACUAUAAAAUCAUAAGAGUCAUAUUACUUCUAAUAGUUUUAGAUGUUUCCUUAGUUCACUGUUCUUUUCAUUCAUAAUUUGCUUUAAAGGUGUAAAAGAUACCCUGCUCUAUGUACUUAAACAUUGAUUCCUGUUACUGCUUCUUCUGUAUGUGUUUUUUUACAUAUUAACAAUGGGUUGGUUCAUUUUUUUGAUGCAUUCUCUAAUUGGAUCAAUAUAUUCAACAUAUAAGUAAAGGACUUUGUGAUACAGGCUUUGUUUGUAAGACAGAACCUUGUACACACCUUGCCUUUGAUUUCAAUAAAAGAAACACAAACAAUUCA